CGAAUCUUGAAACCUUACCCUUGUUUUGGCAGUUCUUUUUUGUUGACUGAAUCGUUCAUUUUUCUUUUGUGCUAGAAGACAUUGAGGAAGACCACUUUAUAUAGUUUCAGUCGUCAGAUCUAAAUACACUGGCCAUUGCAUGAUCUUAACGCGUGCGCUCUAUUUGGCAUGGGAGCGCUACAAGCUCUGCUGAUAUUUCUGCUGGUUCCGGGCGUGCAGCUGCCUGUGGAUGCCUUUGUGUUAGCAGUUGACCUGGGUUCCCAGUUCUUCAAAGCUGCACUAGUGGCGCCAGGAAGACCCUUUGAAGUGGUGCACAACACCCACUCGAAGCGCAAGACACCCACGGCCGUUUCCUUUGAAGGAAAUGUUCGGACUUUUGGGGAUGAUGCCGUUAGCAGCGCUUCCAAAGGAGUUCGGAAAACCCCAAUGUUCUUUACAUUGGUGCUUGGGAAGAACUUCUCUUCAGAGGACAAAAUAAGUUUCUUGCCAAAGAGGUAUUUUCCUUAUGAUCUAGGACUUCACGAAUCUGGUACCUUGAUGUUUCAGACCGGUCAAGAAGAUUAUUCUGUUCAGGAGGCAGCAGCCCAUGUCCUCAAUUUUGCAAAGGAGCUUGCAGAAACGACAGUUGAUGGUACUGCAGUCUCGGAAACAAUCCUCACAAUAGUUUCUUCUGCAACCAUGUUGCAGCGCCGAGCACUUCUUGAUGCAGCAAGAAUUGCUGGGCUGCCGCGUGCACAGUUGAUUCAUGAGACGUCUGCAGCAGCCUUGCAUCGAGCGCUGGACCUUUCGCUUGGAGGUGCUGGGAGCCCUGCCACGAAUACUUCUGCAGAGAUUCAACCCAACAGGACCACAGUGCUUUUCUUCAACAUGGGAAGCAGACAUGUGGAGGCUUGUGUUGUGAAGUAUGAAGGUGCAACCUAUCAAAGCAAGGACACGGUAGCUAUGAAUGUGGCAGGUUGUGGUGUCAGUGAGAACUUGGGAGGACAUCAAGUUGACAUCAUAGUUGCGGACAGGAUGCUAGAAGCAUUCCAGGCCAAAUUUCCAAAAUUGAAAGAUGCUGAGAAGUCUGUGCGAGCUUUGAAGAAAUUGGAAAAGCAAGCAUCAGCAUUGAAGCACGUCCUCAGUGCGAAUAAAGAAGGCCUCUUCAGAGUUGAGUCUUUGUACGAGGACACUGACUUUGCACAGCAGGUAACACGAGAAGAGCUUGAAAGCUGGACCUCUGAAUUGUUCGAAAGCCUACAUGAACCCCUUGAGGCUGCAUUGAGAGUUGCAAACACAAGCUUUGACGAAUUGGACGCAGUUGAAAUGCUCGGCGGUGGAUGGCGUAUUCCCAAGAUCCAGUCCCUCCUGGUCAAUUACUUGAAGGAAAGGCGCUCCAAGAAUGAAGCGUUGGCUCUGAGUCAGCAUGUCAAUGGCGAUGAGGCCAUGGCUACUGGUGGGGCAUGGUAUGGUGUGAAUUCUUCAGUGAGCUUUCGAGCCAAGAAGAUCUACUUCACAGACAUGACGACUCAUCGGUAUGACAUUGUGCUUGUGCCGCUGAAUACCUCCCAACCACAUGAAGAUGGAUGGACACGUGGUGUUGAACUCUUCCCAGCCUUCGGAAAGCUAAAAGCCAAAAAGACGGUGAAAAUGAAUGUGUCCUUUGAUCUGAAGGCCACUUUGUUGGAGAAUGGCAACCCUGUGUGCCAUUGGGAGUUUGAUGGAAUCCAUGCAGCGUCAGAAAUGCAUGCUGAUUUGCCCUUGAUCUCAUUGAAGUUUGACUUGGAUGGAAGUGGAGUUGUUCAAGUCUCAAGUGCAACUGCAAUCUUCGACAAGCUGGUCCCCGUCAAAAGCAUGACUGACAAGGACACAGGAGCAGCCAACUUGACAGAGGAUGGAGCAAACCAAACAGACCCACAGCCGGACACCUCUGAGGGGGAUGAGGAUGGCAAAGAGGCUGAUGGUGGCAAGGAGGACUUGCCCUUUGACAGGAAACUAGAAACUGUGGAACCUGAGCAUCGGAUUGCCCAUGUCUUGUAUGUGCCACUUCUUUGGGAGGAAUGCCUGUGCCAACUGGCGAUGAGCAUCGAGAGUUUUGCACGCUACAGGAUACUGCCACUCGGGAUGAUGCUCUUGGAUUUCUUGAUCUCCCACUGUCGAAAGUUCCCCUGUCAAAGCCUUUGCGUGGCUGGGUACCACUUCGGCCGCCAGAAGCGCAACUACUUCCUGGAGAAGAAGGGGUGCGACCGGCGAAAGGCGCAGGAGCUGUGCUUUUGGAGGUUUGGCGCAGCCAAGUUCUCCCUCUAG